AUGUUUUUCUCCUUAAAUGAAGAUUUGACUGCCACUGCAUCAAGAAAUAAAAUCUUAGAAUUUAAAAAAUGGGUGCUUGAUAUUGGAGAUGGGACCGUACCAGCAAUUGCCAAAGAUGGAGAAAUUGAGGAGACAUGGAUCAAAAUUCCGGAUGAGCUUCUAAUUGAACCUGAACAAGAUCCUAUAGAAAAAAUAGUUACCAGCACUUACCCAUUAUUUGAAGAAAUGCAAGGAAAUACUGAAUAUUUGAAGGAAAGGGCAAUUCUCACACCAAAAAAUGAAACUGUCAAUGAAAUAAAUCAAUACAUGCUGCAAUUUGUGCCAGGUGAGAAGAAUCAUUAUCUCGGCUCAGACUCUAUUUGCAAAGCAUCAUCAAAUAUCCCUGAUCAAGAUAAUCUCUAUCUAGUUGAAUUCUUGAAUACACUUGAGUUUCCAGGAAUACCAAAUCAUAAGAUAGAACUAAAAGAGGGAGUACCUAUAAUGCUUUUAAGAAAUGUAAAUCAAAAGCUUGGCAUGUGCAAUGGAACAAGGUUGAUUGUGACACAUUUAGGAACUUGGAUAAUAGAAGCAAAAAUUAUUACAGGUUCAAACAUUGGAACAAAGGUUCUUAUUCCUCAAAUAGUUCUAUCUCCUACAGAAUCAAAAUAG